GUUAGCUGAGGUAGCAUAUUAUAUGGGUGUAGCCACUACACACGAUGUACGUAUAUAAACAGAUGUCGUGAGAUUGAUUCUCUGAAAAUGGACAUAGAGGACACUAUUGGAGCAAUCAGACACAUCAGCAACAACACAUGGAUCGUGGUGACCUUCGGCGCCCUGCUGCUGUUCUCGGUAGUCGGGAACUUCGUGGCGCUGUUCCACACCCCCCGCUACAGGUCCUGCCCCAACCACAACAUGGAGAUCUUCGAGCUGCACAACCGUCGGGCCGAGGUCAAGGUCUUGGACGCCGUCAUCCAGUUCCUCUCCACCCCCGCCAUCAACGAGCACCACUACGCCUACCUCUACAACAACUACAAAGCCUGCGCCGGGGGUUUCUACAAGAUCCUCUUCGUGGUACCAUCCGAACCAGCAAGCUUUGACAAGCGGAAUUUGAUCAGGCGUGGGAGUAUUGCGGAGUUUAUCAAACGAAAACAAAACGCGAAGCUGUUGUUUUUCCUCGGCCGGCCUGCUGCGGAGGAGAACGAUAUCGAUAUCCAGCUAUCGAUAAACCAGGAGAUUCGUGAGUUCAACGAUAUCGUGCAGGAGGAUUACGAAGAUGUGUACAAGAACGGCUACAUCAAGUACAUGUCCAUGCUCAAAUGGGCCAGCAUAUACUGCCGCAAAGCUGAGUACGUCAUACGCGUCAACGAUGACGUAGAAAUCGACCUCCAGGUUAUGACGGACGCGCUGAACAGCACCAGGUCGGUGUUUAUCAACUACGUCGUGGGGUUAAAGGUCACGAACGUGUCCGUGGUACGAGACGCUAGCCAGGCCAAACUAACCCGGUACUACCUGACCCACCAGGAGUACCCUGAAGACACGCUCCCCCCGUUCAUCUACCACAUCGCCGCCGGGUUCCCCAUCCGCACGGCUAUGCGGCUGUACCAGGCGGCGCUAAGGGUGCCGGUCCUAAAGCUGGAGGAUGUCUUCAUCACUGGGCUGUGUCCACAGCUGGUCGACGUGGCGCUGGUCCAUGUGGACGUCCAGCCGAAGCUGGUCGACGUCAGGGACAGUCUAGAGCUGCAGUAGAUUCGGGCU